UUCUGUGAUGCAGAUAUUCUAGAUGUGUGUGCCAGCCAUGCUCAUUCCCUGUUGUCAUGUGGCUUCUAGGCAAAAUCUCAUGAAACACUACUUCUAGGUUUUUGACUUCUAGGUUUUGGUCUGAGGAAAAAAAAAAAGAAGAGUUGGUCAUAUCCUGUUCCCUCUUAUUUCAGAGUAUCUUGUCAUGGCAUCACUUGCCACAUCCGGGCACUACUGCCCGUCAGGGCUCUGGGUACUUCCCUUCACAGGAUGGUGUAGGACUCCACACUCUUUGUACACACAUAGAAUUUCUUGACACAGCACUUCUUCCAUUGUAUCAUGCUGUCUUUCUGCAGAAUUUCAUCAUGUUUCCAGCCUUGUGCACCUUUAUAGAGUGAGCUGAACCCAGGGAUCCCACAUCAGGCCCAGUGAAGGACCUGUGCAGCAGUCUAGCCUGACUCCUACAAUUAAUCUCCACCAAACAGGAACAUGAAGUCCUCCACAGCUGCCAUUGCUGUUCUCAUUGUGGCUGCUCUCUGCUACCAGGUCUCCUCAAGUCCACUUGCUGUCAGGCCCCGCGGACCCUGCUGCUACAAUUUCUUAAACAAAGCGCUUCCCCCAAGCAAGGUGGUGAUGUAUGAGUACACAGGAAGCGGGUGCCCCUACCGUGGUGUGAUAUUCACCACGGUUGAGAAGAAGACGUGCUGUGCCAAACCAGAAGAGAAGUGGGUUCAGGAUAUCCUGAACGUGGAGAAGCACAAGGACAGCAGCCAGUGAGCUGUGCUCCAAUCCCUUCCAGCAUCACAGCUGCAGCCCUCUCAUGGGCACCUCCCAUCACAGCCCUGUCACCUCCUUGCCCGUGCAUUUGGCAGACUGCUUGCAGACUGUUUUACAGACUCUGUACAUACUCUUAUUUAUUUACCUACUUAAGUGUAUGCAAAAGCAUUUCUACUUCUUGGGGACAAACCUGUCACUGUGAUUUGUACCAGCUGUCUUUCGGUUGGC